ACGCCAAAAGUCGGUGGUUCUAUAAAGGUUACUCUCCCCACAAGUCACUCGAUGCGUUCUGAAGGCGGUCGUUGAAUAAAACAGCAGACUCGGCAAAUUAAAUUUGCUGAUAACGCAAACAAGUGGCAAUAAUAAAGAGAAAAAUAAACGGGCUAAAAGGUUCGAAAGGCCGAAAAAGUGAAAGCCAAUUCAGUAGUAAAACCAGUGCAAAGUCAAAAACUUGUGGGAGUCGAGUGCUCGUCGUCCUCGAGUCCUUGAGUCCUGCCAGUGGUGGUGGUGUGCCAAGUGUAUUAAGUGUGCAAAGUGUGCCAGGUGUGCUAGUGCGUCCGUGGAUACCAGAUACCAGAUACCAGAUAACGGAUAACGGAUACCGGAGAAGCCACAACGUCGUCCAUAAAACCAUCGACGUCGACUGCCGCCGCCGCCGCUGCUGCUGCUGCUGCCGCUGCAGGAUCGGGAUCGGGAGCGGGACCAGCAUCGGGAUCAGGAACUGCUCCAUCAGGCCACCAAAGGAGCGGCGCACGCAGCGGCCAGCGACGUCGCAGUAGCAGCAGUAAUCCACACGCCGGCACAACGAAAGCGACCAGUGGCAGCGGUGGAGCUGGCAGCGCCGGCGGAGGAGGAGGCGGUGGCGGUGGAGGCGGGGUCAAGCAGAGCGUCAGCCGGAACAGCAAUAUCCGGAGCAGCAGCUCCAACAGCACCAUGGCCUCGGCCAAUCACCGGGGUGGCGGCGGGCGCGGAGGUGGAGGCGCCGUCGCCGGAGCCGGCGCUGAUGGUAACGCGAUCGUCGGACUGCAGAUCGGCUCCGCCUGGUUUCAGCGCAAGAUCAACCUGAGGCCGCAGCACCGCGGCGUCCACCUGGUCACCGAGGAGAUCCUCCGACAGAUGCCAGAGCUGGCGCACUUCUCCGUGGGACUAUGUCACAUGCAAAUUCUUCACACCUCGGCGAGUUUAGCGUUAAACGAAAGCUGGGAUCCAGACGUCAGAGACGACAUGGAGAUGAUGUUGAAUAAAAUAGUUCCCGAAGGCUUGCCCUACAGGCAUUCGUGUGAGGGUCCCGACGAUAUGCCCGCGCACGUGAAGGCCUGUUUCCUGGGCAGCUCCCUGACAAUCCCGAUAACCGAUGGCAAACUGUCGCUGGGCACGUGGCAGGGCGUCUGGCUGUGCGAGCACCGUGACCAGGCGGGAUCCAGGAAGCUGGUGAUCACGCUGACCGGAUGUCCGCGCGAACAGGCCCGCAGUCCGCUGUCACCCGUCUCGCCGAUCGCCAGCACGUCCAGUUAGGGGCGGCCUCGCUCCACCCGCGACAGCCGGUAAUCGCGGGGGAGCGACAAUAAUGCCAUCAUUUCGUCGAGGCGGCUGAUACUGCAGAAGAACUUGGCUAAGGCGACGGCCCAGCAGCGGGCGGCGGCGGUGAUUGCCGCCGGCAGGGGAGGAUUGGGUGGGCGCAUUGGACAGCAGGAUGCACUGGCGCCACCCAGCAUUCCCGGAUUUGUGGAGACGAAGACCGGCCGCCUGCUGCUCCGCCAGCAGCUGCAUCUCAAUCUCAACCUGAACGUGCAGGAAACGCUGCGCGAUGGCGUCGAUAUCGAUGAUGUGGACGAGGAUGUCGACGAGGACGAGGACGAGAAUCUAGAAACCGUCACAACAGUGCCUCUUAACAAUGAACAACUUAAUGCUAAGGUCACAACCACAACCACAUCCAGUUCAUCAGCAGCGAGCAGUGCGUUAGCUAAAUUCAAUCGCAUCAUUGACUCCACUCUGGAGCGGCCAGCGGAUUAUGCCACCAGUCUGCCCAAGUUGAGUAGCGCCACCUUGCAGCAGCGCUUCAACCUGGCCUAUCCGGAGUUGGUGACCCAACAGCAACAGCAACAGCAGUUGCAGCCACAUCAGCAACAUCAGCAACAGUAUAGUUUAGAACAGCAAAUUGGUAUGGGUCACCAGCAACAGCAGCAACAGCAGCAGCAGCAACAUCUGCAGCUGCAACAGCAGCAGCAACAUGAUGCGACCAAGCAGAUCAGCAGCCUCCAGGGGAACCCCAGAUUGGAUCGUGGAACGGGCGCCGUUGCCAACAGCACUCCAUUAACACUACAAGCACCCAAAACUGCAGCAACGGCGACGGAGGAGCAACAACAGCUGGAUCCGGGGAAUCCCCAAGGCGACGAAGACGACGUCGUCGAAGAAGAUGAUCAUCCCCACCACGACGAGGAUAAUCAAACGAAACGAAAUGAUGUGCAUUAUUUGUUGAAACAGUUGAAUAGUUUUAGUGAUAUAGAAGAAAUAGAAAUUGUUGAUAUGAAGCAAAGAGGUCAGCGUCCGCCGAUGGCGUCCAGUUCGUUGGCAACAAUGAUGCCGCCGCCAUCGCCGGCCCCUCUGGCCUCGCCAUCCACGCAGUCCCAUCGACUGGGUCCGCGGUUCGCCUCCUUGGGCGCCUCCAUGGGCGAGGAUAGCUCGCUGCUCCUGCCGCACCAGCAGCACCAGUUCGACGACUACCUGUUCGAGUCCUGCCACUACCUGGAGACAAACUACUUUGCCGCCACCUACCGCACUGCCAUGGUCGAGAGCAGCUCCCACGAGUUCCGGCCCUCGACCAACAGCAGCUCGAACAGCUUCGAGCUACACGAGAUGGAGCCGCCCAGUGUUAUCUGCAAGGCGGGAGCACCCGCUCCAUCACCCCUGGUCACCAGACAUCCCGGUCAUCCUGGUCAUCCCCCGCCGCGGUACCAAUUCGAGUAUCAGGCGGAGACCCGACUGACCACCAGUGGCGUGCAGACAGAGCUCACCGUCGAAUCGCUGGCCAAGAUGAGCAACUGCAGCGCGAGCAGCUCCUCCUCCCAGUCGACAAGGGCUCCCCCCUUCUUCCGGUGCUGCUACACGCCCAUCGAUCGCUGGCGGGAAAGGAGGCAGCAGCAGAAGAGCUCCCCCGCCGCCCAGCCGCCCAAGGACGUCUGACACUGGGCGUGGCAGUCCACUCGGAGAUCCAACAUGUGCCUGGCUAAUUUACAUCGGGGAUGCAAGCCGGGGAAAACUGGGAUGGGUUCGCAACUUACAGACAUGGUUCGGUUCAUUUAGUUAUUAUUAUAUAUUAUUUCGGAAAAAUUCAACAACUAAUUUAAACCCCUUUUGAAUUCCAGUCAAGUAGUUCCAACUAAUAUUUUACAAAUUUAAAUUAAAAUCUGUAGACAUAGUUAAAACCUAAAACCUUUUUCUUUAAUUCCAAAAAAUUAAUUUUAAGAUUAUAAAUAUUUUUGAUUCUUGGCCAAAUAACAUAAUCUUAUAUUAAUAUUAAUAUCUGUAAUAUAUAUUCAUUCACUACUAAUUUGCUUUAUUUAUCAAUUUAUCUUUUUAAUCUUUUCAAUUAACAAGAUUUUAUUACUUUAAAACCAAGAUCGAAAUGAACUGAACCAAUAGCCUUUAUAAAAUGACAAAAUUAAAACUAAAACGGUUUGCAUCCCUGUUAUUUUGGUCGCUGUUCUCAUUUGCGAUAUCAACAAGAGAUUCCAUUUCGAUCGACAGUCGAUACACGAAUCAUGAAUCCCUAAUCAUGCGAAGAAACUUCAUUAUUGUACAAUUUAUAUAUGCUAAAACGUAAACAAGAAAUGUUAGUCAACCAUUUUUUAUGUACACACCAGCAACACACACAGACACUCGCACAUUUUUGCAAUACACCAAAGUAAAUGAUUUGGAAAUUUGUAUAAAUAUAUGAGAGUUGUUAAAUGUUUAGCAGAAAACUUUGAUUUCUGCCAAACUACUUAUUCCAAUUGAAUUUAACACUUUUCCGGGACCUUGAGACGCCCUUCUAUUGGCAAUUAGCUAAAUUCUCUGCUAAGCAUUUAAGCAUUAAGCUAGACUCAACCUAGACCUAAAGUUGUAUUCGAAAAUGUUUCAACAGAGGAAAAUAUUGUUAAAAUUUAUUGAAAACGUAGUCAAGGACGAGGGCAGGGGACGACGCGAGAGCUUGUAUAGUAAGUUGAUAAAUAAAGUAAUUGAGAAUCAUGUUGAUAGGGGUCACAUCAAAUAGAUGAAAGCCGCGCACGCCGGCACUUUUGUUCUUUUUUAGAUUCUAGAUUCUAGAUUUCUUUUGCUUUACCUGGUCCGUUGGUCUGUCUAUAAAUUCAGCAUUCAACUUAGGAAAUUAUCAGCGUGCGCGUGCGUUCACCAAUCCCCAAAAACGGAUAGAAAAAAAAAAAAACAAAAAACAAAAGCAAUUGUUAAUGCGUUAAGACACUAUUCUGUUGACCAAUCAUUUAACCACUGGUUUUCUCGUUUCGUUUCGAAAGUUAGAAGCUUUUAAGGAAUUGUUGUUAGAGCACAAGAGAUACUGGCUAUACAAGCAAACCAAAAAGAUACGAAACUAUCCAACUCUUAAACCAACCAAGAGCAAUAUUAGUUUUAAAUCAGUUCGGAUUUGUCAAUUUUGUUGAGAACAUAUGCAAGUAAAAUACAAAUACAUCAAAUAUAUCACUAACUUGAAUAAGCCUUGAGAUCACGCUUUGGUUUUUCGGAAAAUAAAUAUAUAUACGCAAUUGGAACACCA